CGAAAGGAAGUUUUGGCGGAAGACGCGUGUGAUUGGCAUAUUGUCGUGUCUUUCUUAAUAUUUUUCGUUCUGUUUCUGUAGAAAUACACAACAAUGCCUAAACAAGAGUCCUCUUCGGUGAAAGAGGUAAUUCGAAACACUUCUACAUUAGAUAGCGACUUAGAGUCAUCUAAUGUUUUUCAGCUGGAAAAGUUUUUUUGAGAAGACAAAGAAAGAUGCCGAGCUAUUGGUUAAUGACGUUUUCCCACAGAGAAUCAUGGCUUUGGAAAAUCUGCAUCAGUCCAUGAACCUGACCAAGUUGUCUGAAGUCCACAAUGAUUUAAACAUCCCAGUGCCAGAUCCUGUACUGCUGCUUCCCGACACUGAAGAGCCAACAUCAAAAAAGAGGAAAGUUGAAGUCUCUUCUGACAAUGGCGAAAGUAUAUCAGGGACCAGAGUACUAGCUCUUCCUAAUGGACUGGCUCCCUGUAACAAACACAUUGUUGACUUGUCUGAGAAGAUGAAACCUUUAAUAAGGGAUCUUAUUGAACAUGCUAAUUUGAUCAAGAUGUGGAUCAGUUUUCUUAUACCAAAGAUAGAAGAUGGCAAUAAUUUUGGAGUGUCCAUUCAGGAAGAGACCUUGUCGGAGGCAAGAACUGUGGAGAGUGAAGCAGCAACAUACCUGGAGCAGAUCUCACGCUAUUUCAUCACAAGAGGGAAGAUAGUGUCAAAAGUUGCAAAAUAUCCUCAUAUCGAAGACUAUCGGCGAUCUGUCAACGAACUUGAUGAAAAAGAGUAUGUGUGUCUACGCUUAACUUGUUGUGAACUAAGGAACCACUAUGCGAGUCUUUAUGAUAUCAUCCAUAAAAAUAUGGACAAGAUAAAGAAACCCCGUAAUGCCAAUGCUGACAACUUAUAUUGACCAACUAAACAGACAUAGGCUGGACACCUUGAACAACAAUCUCAAGUGUGGUCUGAUACACAGUUCUUUGUAUCUGCCUGUUAUACAACUGGACAACUGGCAAAGACAGGACAUCAGUCGGUGCAGAGUCAGAUAUUUUCAUUUCGUAUUAUCAAUAUUCCUUCAAGAACUAAGACAAAAAGUCAACUCAAAUUCUUGUUCACAUUGUUGAUACAGACACAGUUCCUGAAAUGUAAUGAGCUGUUUGUGGGAUCCAGACUCUUGUGUACACAUUCCAGGAAGAGCAGUGGAUAUUUUUCCUGAAAUAACAUAAUUGUUUCCUGGCUUUGAAGGAAACUCUUCAACUGUAAUAGGUUUCAACAAAAUUGCAUUCAUUAAGACUUUGUCGUACAAGUGUUUUGUCACAUGACAUUUGGAAUGCAUAUGCAUUGCGUAAUUCUUUCAGUCAUCUGAUGCACACAUGGUACUGUUGAGAAAUUGAGGAGAAUGUCAGCUGACAUUGUGUGAAGUGAAAGGGGUACUUGUCAAGCUGUGUUACACCUUUCAUCUUCCUGCAUCCACAAUUUAAAGUACAACUGUUUUAACGUUUACAAAUUUUUGUUUCUUGUUAAUACAUUUCUCUCUAGAGAGUUUUAAGUUCUACGUUUUGGUAUUUGGUUCUUGUUUUAAACAGGUUUUACAACAGUGACAUAGUUGAAACAAGUUUGUGACAGUUACAUGUGUUAUUUUAUUCUUGAU